GCCCCUCCUUGUCCGGGAUGUUGCUGCCGCUGCUGCGGAAUAGCUGCUUCCCUUCUUCCUCUCCCGGCGGCGGCAGCGGCGGCGGCGGCGGCGACGCGGGCUCAGGGAGCCGGCCAGUGGGGCAACUGCUGCACGGACCCCGCGGGGCGGCGGGGCCAGACGAACAGGGGAACAACGAGCCGGGGGCCGAGCCCCAGCGGCGGCGGCGGGAGGAGGAGGAGGAGGCGGCGGCGGGGCCGGAGGCCGGGGGCCGGGCCCGAGGGGCGCCUCCUCCGGGGAGCGGGCCGCGGGCGGAGCGGGAUCCGUAUGUGUCCAUGGAUCGGGGGGCCGCGCUGCAGAGGCGAGGCGGAGGCCUGAGCGGGGGCGUCUCGGCCGCCGGCUCCCCGGCGCUGUCGGGCGGCCAGGCCCGCCGGAGGAAGCAGCCGCCCCGGCCGGCCGACUUCAAGCUGCAGGUCAUCAUCAUCGGUUCCCGGGGCGUGGGCAAGACCAGCCUGAUGGAGCGCUUCACCGACGAUACCUUCUGCGAGGCCUGCAAGUCCACCGUGGGUGUUGAUUUUAAAAUCAAAACAGUAGAGUUAAGGGGGAAGAAAAUUAGAUUACAAAUCUGGGACACAGCAGGUCAGGAGAGAUUCAACAGCAUUACCUCAGCUUAUUACAGAAGUGCCAAGGGAAUCAUAUUAGUGUACGAUAUUACAAAGAAAGAGACAUUUGAUGAUCUACCGAAAUGGAUGAAAAUGAUUGAUAAGUAUGCCUCAGAAGAUGCAGAACUUUUGUUAGUUGGAAAUAAGUUGGACUGUGAAACUGACAGAGAAAUCACUAGACAGCAGGGUGAAAAGUUUGCACAACAGAUAACCGGGAUGAGAUUCUGUGAAGCAAGUGCCAAGGAUAAUUUCAAUGUGGAUGAGAUAUUUCUAAAACUUGUUGAUGAUAUUCUGAAAAAGAUGCCUCUGGAUGUGUUAAGGAAUGAAUUAUCCAACAGCAUCCUUUCCUUACAACCAGAACCAGAAAUACCACCAGAACUGCCUCCACCAAGACCACAUGUCCGUUGCUGUUGAUUUGCUUCUUAGGGACAUAGUAAAAAAGAUUCUUGGGAAGGGGGAAGAGUAUCUGUUCAACUCUGCACUACAAUCAUUUUGACAAUUUCAUGUCGCACUUUGUUAUCCAAGUCAGAGCUACACACUAACCUGUAAAUAUGCAAAUAUUUAAUCCUGUGUAGGAUUUAACUAUGUUACAUAUUUCCCCCACACACACAUACAUUUGUAUAUUUCCUUCAUUAUCUCAGUGUUAUAAAUAUUGUGUAGGCACUGGGGAAACUGCAGUACUCCUGAUAUAAAGGAGUGGGAGAAAUGAAAUCUAUAAUACUUCAAAUAAAUGUUUUAAUAGUUCUUGUCAAUUAUAUUAAAAUGGCAGAAAUUAUUCUGGUAAGAAAAGAGUAUUUGGUGCUUUGCUAACUAUUUUAAAGAGAAAUUUGUAAAAACUGAAGAAUUUUUUGAAUAAAGCUUCCAUAAGUCAUGUGUUUUCUUUUUCUUUAUUCAAAAGACUUUUUCAGCUGUAGCAUCCUUGUAGCAUUGGAGUGGUUCUGCAGCAAAGCAAAAAUCCAUUUGAUUUCCAUCCUUUAAAAAAUAUUUAUUAAUAGUAUGUUAAUAAUGAUAGCAUAUCACUAGAGUUAGAGAUAUUGGACUUGACUUAGACCUAAGACAGCAAUAUUGCUGUCACAGUUUCUCAAUGAGCAGAAUAUACACUAUACUUUUAAGAACCACAGAGAUCAAGUAAAAAGAGAUGUAUUUGAAACUAUUACAUAUGUUAAAAUGAUGCUGCUGUCCUAUAAGCAAAUCCUGUUUAAAGGAAUUUUUUGAAGAUACCUUUCCUAUAUCAAGAAACAUAUAUGUAUUUGCCUGAUAACUUGGUCCUUUUCAAUGGUAGAAGCAAAUGAAUAAUAAAAAAAAAAACAAAACCCUUUUUUAAAAAGUGAAGCUUAUGUUCUGUCCAGCAUAUACUGUAUUCUAUUUUUUUGGGGGGGUGGAUGGGGCAGGGGGAGUCUGAUAAUGAAUUUGUGAAUUCUAUCUUUGGUAUAUCUUUUAUUAAGCUGCACUUUGUUUAGUUAAAGUAAAUAAGUAGUAACAUAUUUGAAUAACUUUGCGUGUCUUGAAUGUUGUGGCAUUGAAAAGCAUUGUGGUCUUUCUAAACUAAUGAAGUCCAAAUAAAAUUUUGUAUUUAUGAAUGACAAUGGAAUUGAUGCCAUUAUUUGUGUUUAUUAUAAAAUUGUGUAUAUAUAGUGAUGGCUAAGUGAAAACAUCCUUUAUGAAGAAUAAAUUUUGUAUUUUAAAUACGUUUUAUACAGGGGAAAAAUUUAGUCCUAGGAAAGACAUCGAUGUAUGUGCUGAUACUUCAAAAUAUUUGUAAUUGCAUUGAUUCACCUAUAAAUAAACUUUCACCUAUAAAUAAACUCUACAACCAGCCACUUGAGAGAUUCUGUGACUGAAUAGUCACCACCUGGUGGUCAACCAUCUCUUCUGGUUCCAACCCACCUCCCUAGCCUUAUUACAGUUAUUACUCCCCUUCACACACUCUUGCUGGUCCUCACACACAAUACUCUAUUUCCCACCUCUGCACUUAACCAUCCCUGGUUUCCUUUAAAACUAUUCAAGUGCCCUACCUUCUCUAAGGCUUUUCCUGAUCACCCCACUGCCAAUGCCUUCUCCCCCAAAAGAUCAUGUAUUUUGCAUAUUAUUGUGUGUACUCAUGUCCUCUCCCUGUCUCUAGAAUGUAAGCUCUUGGAGGGCAAGAACUAUUUCACUUGUCUGUGUAACCCCAGCACACUUAGCAUACUACCUUGUACAUAGGGACUUAAUAAAUGCUUGUUGACUGACA